AUGAAUUUUAUGAACAACUGGUUUUCAAGGUUGUAUCCAUUUAAUGCAAAUCCUGAAUAUAUUUAUAUUAAUCGAAAAGGAUACCAUUCAAUAAAUGUCCAAUUAAUAUGUGAUGCAAAGCUCAGAAUUUUAAACGUUAAUGCACUUUUUCCUGGGUCUACAAAUGAUUCAUUUAUAUGGAACAGUUGUGAUGUACUUCCUGUAGUAGAGCAACUUUAUACAAAUGGUGAUUCUGGAUAUGCAUUACGCCCUUGGUUAUUAACACCUUUUAAUAAUCCAGUUACUGAUGUUGAGCAGUACUAUAAUAAAAUGAAAAUGUCAACUCGAAGUAUCAUAGAAAGAUGCAACGGGAUUCUUAAAAUGAGAUUUAGAUGUCUUCUUAGACAUAGAUUUCUUCAUUAUCACCCAGAAAAAUGCACUAAAAUUAUAAAAGCUUGCACAGUAUUACAUAAUAUAUGUAUAACAAACAAUGUACCAUUGCCAGUAGAAGAAGGGCCAAUAGACAUUGAUAUGGGUAUAAUUCAACAACAAGGUGGUCCAAUUAUUGAUCAGCGUUUUGCAGGCAAUGAUUUGGUCCAAGGUAGACAAGUACGUUCAAUAGUUGCAAAUUAUUUACAAAGAAACAGAUUGCAUUUAUAA